AUGAAUCAUAAGUUGUUUGCAGUCCCUGUUGAUCCAAGGCGAGUGAUAGGUCCGCCGCAGAUCCGCAGCCUCUGCCCAUGGCAUCUCCGUGAUCCCCGGACUCCCCAGCGCCGCGGCAGCACAGACCACAAACGCGCAAGCGGGUGCGCCACCCAGCAGGCCCAGACCCCCCUCGGCGCACCCUACGGGCCCAUCAGCCUCGGCCCUGCGCGCAGUAGCACACGCACCAGGUGGCGGCAUGGAGCGCGCAAGGGGCGCAGCGCCACCGAGACACCCAGCAGCGCCACGCACCCCGCCCCAACACCCCGGCCCGGCACCGGCCCCCGCGCCAGGCACCACCGGCUCCGGAGCAGGAGGACUCAGCCCCCCGACGCCCACGGAAGGGCACAGGUGCGCACUGCUUACUUGAUGUAG